ACGCAGACCUCAACCAUGCAUCGGUAUCAAGACAUCGUCUCAAAAUGGUCAAGCGCUUUAGCUUAGUGAUUUUAACGGCACUCGCUUUUGCGAAAGGCCAUGUGGCUUAUAGGAAUCUUCCUAAUAAGCUUCAGCCAGUACAUGGACUCUACGUGAAGCCAUCAGUGGACGGGACCACAGGUGACCUGUACGUUGCAGCAACGGAAGACAACGGGGUGAAAUCACAAUGGCUAACAGACCAACCUGUCGGCUUUUUACCGACAGCGCACCAAUCCGUCGGAUACAACCCAAACGCCUUGACCGACGACGCAAUCAACACUCAAAAGCGUGCUGUGGUUAACGCUCCUCUGCAGUACGCCUACGCUUAUCCUAUACCAGGGCAUACAGAAGGCAAAUCACUGCCUUAUCCAUACAGUAUCCCGACUCCAGCUCCGACCCAAGCGAACACGGAUGUUACUCAACUUAACCCAGACGUAGCAGUCAACGCGGGCGUGCCACAAUAUCAGCCGCUGCAAUACUUUUACCCGCAAAUGAUGUCAGCUUAUGCUGACCUUUUGAAUGCCUUCAAGGAACAGGCUACUGCGGUUGCCAGCGCCGCUGGAGCAAAUGAGGAAUCCAGUACGGCUAUCCCUCAAACUCCGUCCGUAUGGCCCUAUGCAUACCCAUUUCAAUACGUGAUGGUGGACCCCAGCAUGUGGGUACAGAGUCAAGCCGCCACCGCCGUUGCGGCUACGCCAUCCACAACAAGCACCACAACAGACAGCGAAUAAGAUUAUUUUUUUAAUGCUUGCAUAGAAAGAAACUGCACAAGCUUACCUAAUUUAAUAAUUUAUUAAUAGAAUUAAGUUCAUAAUAAACAGUUUACAAAAAUGUUA